GGCGGAACCGCGAUUCCUGAUGAGGACGAAGCAUUGGUGGUGGGACGGUGGGAAGAAGGUGUUCUUGGUCUCCGAUCUGUGCGGUGGGUCGUUGGCGCAAGUAUUGUUCGACAAACCAAGACAACCCAUCGACACGAUUCGGGAAUGGAUCGAAGACAUUAUUAUGGGUCUCUACGACCUCGAUGCCCUCCAUAUCACCCAUCGCGAUCUGAAGCCGGAGAACAUCCUCGUCGCGCGCAACGGUCGUCUGCUCAUUGCUGAUUUCGGAUGCGCGUCCACAGAGCCGAAAAUGUGGAAGGCCCAUGGGACGAGACAGUACCGUUCGCCGGAGAUGCAAGACGCUGAUCCGGAACGCGAGGAGGCGUUCUAUGACCGCAGAGCAGAUCUUUAUGCUUUGGGUCUUCUCAUAAUCGAGAUGUUCCGUGGAACGCCUUGGGACGAGGGCGAAGACUGGCAGGUCGGCCCAACGCAGGAGCUGGUCGAAGAGCACGUGGAUGUCCCCGAGUACAGGGAUCUGAUAUACUGCCUUUUGCAUUCCAACCCAGAAAAACGUAUCCAGCUCGAUGAGCUGCCAUACCACCCCGUCUUCGCUGAAACCGAUUGGGAGAAGAUUCACGAACGUAUCGGUCCCGUACAAUUGACCUCGCCCAAAUCCAAACGGGAGGCUCUCUUCUACCUUCGAAGCACCCGAAAUACGAGCAGUGCGAGCGAAGACCCUCAAUCGCCAUAGACAGGUGACAUGGCCUUGUCUCCUUCUCUUCUCUUUCCUUCCUAUUGUCGUGCCCCUUUCCAGUGUCACUCUAUCUUUCCACACUGCGUCACCUUCUUCUCCAUGCGACACCUCUCCUCUACAACCCGCCUCACCC